CAUCAUAGCAGGUCCUGAAAAUUUCUCUGCCAGUGUUUUAUACAGAGAGGGGUCUUGAUCUUGAAAGUAUUGGGACAAAUAGGGAGAGAGACAAUAAUAAGAAUGUUUCAGUUUACGAGCUUUUUUAUAGUUCUUUCUCUUUUUGCCUUUGCUCCCCUUUGCUGCUUCUCCCACAAGACCCAUGGGGGUUGCCUCUACCCACAGUUUUAUGAUCACUCGUGCCCAAAUGCUCAACAGAUUGUGAAGUCCAUAGUGGCCAAGGCUGUGGCCAAAGAAGCUCGCAUGGCGGCUUCAUUGCUUAGGCUCCAUUUCCACGACUGUUUUGUCCAGGGCUGCGACGCAUCCCUAUUGUUGGACAGCAGAGGAAGCAUAGUCAGUGAGAAGAGGUCGAACCCAAACAGGAACUCUGCUCGAGGGUUUGAAGUUCUGGACGAGAUCAAAUCAGCUUUGGAGAAAGAGUGCCCACUUACAGUAUCUUGUGCUGAUAUUGUGGCUCUAGCUGCUAGAGACUCCACUGUUCUAGCUGGUGGACCGAGCUGGGAGGUUCCAUUAGGAAGAAGGGACUCCAGAGGUGCAAGCUUGAGUGGCUCAAACAACAACAUCCCUGCUCCAAACAACACAUUCCAGACCAUCCUCACCAAGUUCAAGCGACAAGGACUUAAUGUCGUUGAUCUUGUUGCGCUAUCCGGGAGCCACACGAUAGGAAAUGCCCGGUGCACCAGCUUCAGGCAGAGACUCUACAACCAGUCAGGCAAUGGGCUGCCCGACAGCACAUUUGAUCAAUCAUAUGCUGCCCAAUUGAGAACCAGAUGCCCGAGAUCAGGUGGUGAUCAGAACCUGUUUUUCUUGGACUUUGUCAGCCCAACAAAAUUCGACAACAGCUAUUUCAAGAACUUGUUGUCUUCUAGAGGCCUUUUAAGCUCUGAUCAAGUUCUUCUCACAAAGAACGAAGCAUCCAUGGAAUUGGUGAAGAUAUAUUCAGAAAACAACGAACUGUUUUUCGAGCAGUUUGCCCAGUCCAUGAUUAAGAUGGGAAAUAUUACUCCAUUGACAGGUUCAAGGGGAGAGAUUAGAAAGAAUUGCAGGAAGAUUAACUCCUGAUUUGCUCCAUUAUAUUACUGCAGUUCCAUAUAUCGAGUGUCGUGUGCAUUUCCUGCAAUGUAUUCCUGAUUAGCUAAAUACUAUAUGACAUUUUAAGUGCUUGGACGAAUAUGAACCCGCGUAUAAUGUACUAUAUAAUUAACGAGUGAUUGAGAAUGCAAACUAAUAUUAAUCUUUGAA